GUCGGGCUCGGACAUAAAUUUCUUAAUGCCUGUCGGGCUCGGGCCGGGUUCGGACAGAAAAAUUCGGCCCGAUCCGGACUCUACUUUAAACAAUCAGUUACAAACAGGAAUAGGCUCUCACAAGUGCAAGAUUGGGGAAACUCCAAAUUUAAUUUAAAGCCCCACGCAGCAGAUCCUCUCCUGUGUGGAAACCCCAGUAAUGAGACCACAGAGGCACAAAAUAUCAACCAGAAAAAAAAUGAGCGAUCGAGGAGGAGAAGAAGAAGUGACUUCAUCCUUCAACUGGUCAUCAGUUACAAACCAGAACAAAGCCAACGGUUCGACUAACUGUGUAUGGAACGACACCUCAGCCCACCCUUUCUUCCUGGUGGUCUACAGUCUGGUGUUCCUGGUGGGUCUCCUCCUAAACGGCUUCAUGAUGUUUUACUUCUGCCGAGCUCAGCAGAAGCCGUCCAGCAGCAUGAUGAUCUACCUGAGGAACUUGGUAGCUGCUGACUUCCUGCUCUGUCUCAGUCUUCCUAUUCGCAUCACCAACUACGCCACCAGCUCUGCCACCAUCCACCAAGUCAACUGCAACUUUGGCGCCUCCGUCCUCUUCCUCAACAUGUACGCCAGCAUCAUGUUCAUGGGCUACAUAGCCGCUAACAGGUAUCUGAAGGUAGUCCAACCUUUAGGAACUCACAUCCUUCAGUCCGUGCGGGUCACUUACAUCAUCUCCACGGUAACCUGGGUUUUCCUCCUGGCUGUGACAUGCAGCUACGUCAUCCUGUCGUUCCACACCCAGGAACCUUUUACCUCUGUCCCAGUGAGCUGUCAAGGCUUUCACAGUGGCCAGCACACCUUGCUCUUUAGGAUCAUACAUGUCUCCUCCACUGUCAUGUUCCUGUGUGUUCUGGUCUCUCUGGUCUUCUUUUACUACAGCACCUCUCGUAGGGUGUUGCUGGCGCAGCAGAGGCAGCCGGCGUCCUCCAACUCCAUGAAGCUUGCAAGGUCGCGCAGGAAUAUGUUAGUGCUGGUCAGUGUCUUCUGCUUUUGCUUCUCCCCCUACCAUCUGAUUCGCCUUCCCAAAGCUUUCCUGUGGAUGCAUUGUUCAUGGAGCAAGGUUUUCUACUACGGGAUGGAGCUUACCGUCGUAAUGUCUGUUCUCAACGUCUGCCUGGACCCAGUCAUCUACUUCAUCCUCUGCAAGGGGUUCAGAAACCAGCUUAGGCUGGGAGUGGUGCGUGGAAACUGAUAAUACCCGCUCAUAACAUUUCAACUGCCAACAAUGUAAUAAACAAAAUGUAAUAACUGCAAAUAAAGUUAUAAAGAAAAUGUAAUAGUAACAGAAUAACUGAAUAAUGUAAGAAAGAUUUUAAUAAAAACGAAUAAUGUUAGACAAAUUAACUGUUCAUAAUGUAAUAUACAAAACGUGGUGUGGGACAUCCCGUUGCACCUUCUGCCCUCUGUGUGUUGCUGUUCUCAAAAUUCCUUCGAUACGUGAAACUCCAACAAUCUUCAAAAUAGCAAGCCACACGCUGAAAAUGGCAAGUUUUGAAGAACAUUUCUUUAACAAAGAAUAUGUUUAUCUAACUGGGACAUUUUAGGACUGAUUGAC